UUUCGAGAUACGCUGCACGAUCCGGCUGAUAUCGAUGCCGAAAAGAUGGACUCACUUGUUAUUCAUUGCCCGACUUUCGACGAUCACACGCCUGUUGAUCAAACAGAGCAAAUGAUCAUCUACAGGGUGUCACAGUUCGGCUAUGAAAAUUGUGUUCUUGAUGAGACGGCCAAGGUGGUUGGACGUUGUGCUGACCCAUAUCUACCGUUAACAAUCCGCACUGUUUUCCGACAGUUCACUCCAUUACCGUCUGGUCUUGAAUACUCACCCGGCAACACCUAUUAUUUUGUUUCCACAUCCGAUGGUACGGCAAAAGGAAUUGGUCUAACAGCUGGUGGUCUUUGCUUGUCCAAACAAUUGCGUCUUCGUGUUCACAUUCAUGCAACGUCCUCGAAAGAUGCAGUUCACGGUAUUCGGCAUCACGGUCACCAUCGAGCACACAACACAAUGCGUUCACGAACGAUCGAUUCGACCGUCCAAACAACGCAAACACCUCCGCCGCGAUAUUGGGAUGAAUUCUUGAAUAAACUCAAUUCGAAAGAAUCCGCUUCGUCAUCGUGGAACUCGAUGAAUGACUACUCGUCAAGUAAAUGGCAACCGCACCCAUCGUCAGUAUCGUCAUCGUCGAAUCAAAUCGCUGAGGCGCUCUCGCUCGAUAAUACGAUAGACGAUUAUCAUAAGGGAUUAGAGUAUGAGCGAGAUGACAGUGCUGUCAGUGAAGCGUUACGGAUCGAUCCGAACUUCAAGUUGUUCGAAAUUCAUGAAAUUGAUGACUAUAAUUCAAUGCCUUUCUCAUCUUCACAUCGACUGCGACCAUCAACAGCAAUUAUUAUUCUUCUGGUCGUAAUGCUUCGCAGGUUCCUACAACCUCUUCCUGAAGAAUUCUUAGCAGUUGAUGCUUCAUUGAACUGGUAUGACUCCAAAGGGAUAUUACGCAGUCUAAUGCGAAUGGUUUGA